CCGGCGUAGCGCGGCCAAUGACCGUGGGGCAGCCCCUGUAAAGUGGCUCGGGCGCCCCCACGCUCGUCUUUCGUCCUCUUUCCAGCCCUACCCCUCCCUGCCCCUUUUUCAGCACGGCGCCGGCCGCAGCCUGACAGGGACGGGACGGAGCCAAGAUGGCGGCCGCCGACGGCGACGACUCGCUGUACCCCAUCGCGGUGUUGAUAGACGAGCUUCGCAACGAGGAUGUUCAGCUUCGUCUCAACAGCAUCAAGAAACUGUCCACCAUCGCCCUGGCCCUUGGGGUGGAAAGGACCCGCAGCGAGCUCCUGCCCUUCCUGACAGACACCAUCUACGAUGAGGAUGAGGUCCUCUUGGCCCUGGCAGAACAGCUGGGAACCUUCACUACGCUGGUGGGAGGCCCCGAGUACGUGCACUGCCUGCUGCCACCCCUGGAGUCGCUGGCCACGGUGGAAGAGACGGUGGUGCGGGAUAAGGCGGUGGAGUCCUUGCGGGCCAUCUCACACGAGCACUCACCCUCUGACCUCGAGGCCCACUUCGUGCCUCUGGUGAAGCGGUUGGCGGGCGGCGACUGGUUCACCUCCCGCACCUCAGCUUGCGGCCUCUUCUCUGUCUGCUACCCCCGCGUGUCCAGCGCCGUCAAGGCAGAACUUCGACAGUACUUCCGGAACCUAUGCUCAGAUGACACCCCCAUGGUGCGGCGGGCCGCAGCCUCCAAGCUGGGGGAGUUCGCCAAGGUGCUGGAGCUGGACAAUGUCAAGAGUGAGAUCAUCCCCAUGUUCUCCAACCUGGCCUCUGACGAGCAGGACUCGGUGCGGCUGCUGGCGGUGGAGGCAUGUGUGAACAUCGCCCAGCUACUACCCCAGGAGGAUCUGGAGGCCCUGGUGAUGCCCACUCUGCGCCAGGCUGCUGAGGACAAGUCCUGGCGCGUCCGAUACAUGGUGGCUGACAAGUUCACAGAGCUCCAGAAAGCAGUGGGGCCUGAGAUCACCAAGACAGACCUGGUGCCUGCCUUCCAGAACCUGAUGAAAGACUGUGAGGCCGAGGUGAGGGCCGCAGCCUCCCACAAGGUCAAAGAAUUCUGUGAAAAUCUCUCAGCUGACUGUCGGGAGAAUGUGAUCAUGACCCAGAUCUUACCCUGCAUCAAGGAGCUGGUGUCAGAUGCCAACCAACACGUGAAGUCGGCCCUGGCCUCCGUCAUCAUGGGCCUCUCGCCCAUCCUGGGCAAAGACAACACCAUUGAGCACCUCUUGCCCCUCUUCCUGGCUCAGCUGAAGGAUGAGGUAAGGGUGCCGCAAAGGCUCGAGCCCUCGGUUGGCAGAGGUGACAGGUGGGUCAGCUGCUUUCCCAGAUUGGCCGGGAGUCUCCUAGAAUCUUAACAGACACCCAGGUCCCGAAUGAGUUGAAUACUGGUGGGCACUGUGGACUGUGCAUUCGCUCAUUCACUUAUUAGGCAACGUUUGGCAUGCCCUUGCUCUGUGCUGGUUCUUUUUCUGGGUGUCAGGGAUACCAAAAAAAUCUAAGACAGUUGUACUUCUCAGAGACCUUCAGAGACUGACAGUAGAGAGAGACAGAUGGGCAAUCCCAUGAUUCCAUGAUCAUGUAGGUGCUGUGAUACAUUUGUGUCUUUUAAAAUUUAGGUAAAGGUGCUGUAAUGAAGACCCCAAAAUACAGUGGCUUACAUAAGAGAAUUAAUUUUCUCACAACAGUUCAGAGCUAGGUGGGCCUACGCUGGGGGUUAGCCCUGCUGACCUCCGCGUUCUCUGGGUCUGAGACAGCUGCUCUGAUUUUCACCACCCCCAGCCAGUAUGGAGGCAGAAGGUAUUAGACAGCAGGAAGUGUGGUCCUCGUAAGGGCAAGACCCAAAAGAGAGCACCCAUCAGUCUGUUCCCUCCCCACACACCCCAUUGGCCAGAGCCAGUCAUGUGACCACACCUUGCUGUUCAGUUGGCCUGGAGCACAGAAGAUGAGUGUGUGCUGGGUGAUGGCUGGACAGGUCGUGGGGUGACAGCCAAGGAAGGAGUUUGGACUUGAACCAAACGGUGGGCAGCUGGAGGCACUGGAACAGAUCUGGGUGUUAGAAAGGAACCCUGAGGCUACUGUCAAAGAAAGAACGCAGUGGGGAGGCCAGGAGAGGUACAGGGAGACCAGGCUGGUGGGAGAGAGAGGUGUGGCUGCAGAGAUGCGGACAGGACCGUGUGGGGCGGGGGUGGUUUGCAGACUCCCUGGUUCUUGUCAUGGUGGUGACCAGGCAGAUGGUGAGACAGUUUGCUGGAGUGUGACUCAUUCUGCCAAAGGCCUCAGUCUUCCUGCCUCCCUGCUCUCCCUACAUCCCCCGCCCCCCAGCACACCCAGUACUAGGAAAUCACAUCAGCCUGAGUCCUCUGCCACUGGCCCCAAAAUGUCACGUUUUUAAAUUCUGCUAUGAUGGGAUAAUCUCUCAGCCCCAGAAUUACAGACAAUGCGCCCUUUAAAGAGAAGCUUAGUAAUCUUACUUUUGGUCAUUUAUUUGUAUCAGUUGUUACGGUUUAAACCAUAAUUUUUGUAAUGACUUAAAUUUUAUGACCCAAGUAAAAUGCUUCACAUAUGUUUUCUUUUAGAAGUAUGCUUUUUGUAGUUAUAACUUGUUAUGAUUUACAUUCACUUCCGAUGCUUAAAUGGGGACAGCUUGCCUGGUGAGAGUCCCUCGAAUUGGCUUUUGUGUCCUUUUAACACCUCACCAGGGUCUUGGGGAGCAUUUUGCUUUCUGGCGUCGAGGAGAGAUCCACACUGAGCUUGAGUGUGAAGGUGAGCCCACACGUGCUAAAACAGUGCGGGAGGCGGAGCCGGGGCCAGAGCCGGUUUCUGCACUGGUUUCGCCGUUAGCAAGUGCUGCGUGGCGAUCAUACUCCCGCAGCCGUGGUCUGUCCGAGCGCAGCUUCUCUUGCAAAGAAGAAAAGAAAAAAACCCAUCGUGGUUUUCUUGGUGUGAGUUAGUCAUCUGGCUUGUAUUUGAGAUUUCAAUUUUAGAUCUGUGAACUUUAUAUUUUAUAUGUGAUAAGGUUUAUAAACUUAUCCAAAUAAAAGGCCUUUUUCUGGAUAUGCCUGAA